CAACUCCCAAAUAUCACAUCUUUUGUCCAAAUACCUUCAAUUAUUUGUGUGUACCAUGUUGACUGAUACGCCUACUUUUUCGCAUCCUACCAUUGCUCCUCGUGGAUUUCAAGAUCCCGUGUUACAUAAAGAAUCCCAGAAAAUGCCCACCGUGACAUCCCACGGUCCUCCUUCCCCUCCCGCUUCCAUUAACAAAGACAAUAAUGAUACCUCGUUGAAUGAUUCAAGUGUUGUUCAAAAAGGCGUUGACGAUCUCGUCCAAAACCCAACCGCCUGCCCAGUCGACCACAUUAUUCCCCAGUUUCACAACAAUACAAACGAACACCACCGCCCUUCCGAUCGCUCCGGUUCCAAUUCUUUAAAACAAGACAUUCGUGAGGCCUGCGAAAAAGCGGUCAAUGAGUUAAUGGAUCAUCAUGAUCGUGAACACAGUAACGAAUCGCCUCGGGAUGACGUGGCGCCGGCAAUGAACAAAUUGCUGGAGGCCGACCGUAAAGCAAAGUCAUUGCUUCUUCCUGUUGCAGCCAGCAAUGUCAACCAGGAUGACCAUGCUCUGACCAAACCCGAGAACAAUCAAGUGGUGCCUAAAGAAGACAACGACAUGGCUUUAGUGAAAAAGGAAGACCAACAAGUGGUCCCCAAAGAAGACAACGACAUGGCUUUAAUGAAGCAAGAGAACCAUCAGGUGGUCCCAAAAAAUGACAAGAGCAACCUUCCCAUUUUGAAGACUGAAGACCAUCGCGUCGUACCAAAAGACGCUUCUCCGCCUGUCCUCUACAGCAUUCCAACCAACGAUUUGCCUUCGAUGAACAAGGAGCCUCACAGACCCAAAAUCACCGAGAUGCUUUCCUCCACCUUCUCUUCCUCUGCACCCAUGGCGAAUGAAUUCCCCAAGAGCUCCCCCUUGAGAGACCGAUUUUACCGCACUAUCUACUGGGAAAAACCUCUCUACUCACUCCUGGCACUGGGUCUUUCCUUGGGUGGCGCCUACCUCUUGUGUACGCCUCGUGUCAUGCUUGGCGCGCUUGUCUGGACAAUGACCGUGACCUGGACAGUGACUGUCAGCACCCAUUUGAUGCGCAUCAUGCUUGACAAACCUCAGUUGGGCCAUCCCUUCAGCAAAUGGUUGGAUCGUACUUCGUCUUUUGAAACCUCCGGCAGCAAGAACUUGGUGCAAUCGACAGUGCGUUCAUUCUUGAAUGAGUUGGAAGACGUGGUCCGCAUCCGUGACACUGAAACCAGCUUGAUUUGGAUGGCGGGUUCCGUCAUUGUGUGGAAUAUGAGUGGCCACAUUUCCCUCCGUACCAUGUUGUUUGUCGCCAUCUUUUUCCUUUUUUCGGUACCCAAAGUGAUGCAUACAUCCGGCGCCAAAGCCAGACUCCAUGCUUCCUUGCAAUCAUCAUAGUUACCCAUUCUAAAAAAAAUCCCAAACCCUGACUGGAUACUCUCGUAAUUCAUCACUGCAGACAUGAUAAUAAAAAGAAC